GAGGGAGGAAGCUGGAAAUUCCCAUUAAGCUGACCUUGAUUUGCCUUCCAUGUUGAACCUGCUGGCGCUUUUUAGGCAAUAAAUCCACUUUGCCUUCACACUGCCCCAAUUUUGGAAGCUUUGACGGGAGGGGGUGGGAGGUCACAUGGUGUAUCCAUGCUUUUAUAACUGCAGUGCCACUAACACCUAUUAAAGGUGCUGUCCCGCUUAAGCUCCAAAGUAGGAUUGUUUUUAUUUUUCACAAAAAAAAAAACUAUUGCUGACUCGAAUGUUACCAAUAGCGGUUUAAAAGAAAUUCAAGAAAUGUCUGUCACAAUUCAAACUUGAACUUUGUAAACAUUUUUGUUAGACCUAAAUGAUUUGCCCGAAGUGACAGACCAUUUGCAGCCGUGUUUAGGCCAGGCUUGGGCAAACUUUUUUUGGACUCCCAGGGGCCAAGUCUCAAUAUUUGAUACAUGCAAACCGUUUUGUUUAUAAUUCUAAUAGUCCACCUGGAAUUAUUUAUCCUUAAGUUAUACAUUCUGUACUUUUUUUUUCAGAAGCACUUUAAACAGACCCCAUUUUACAGGGGGGUUUUUAUACAAUAAAACACUGACUAUUAAAGAGUAUCGCUGACUACAACAUGACUACUUGAAAGUCAUGUUGCCUGCUUGUAUGUUAAAGGUUUCAGUACGUUGGAAGCAUGUGGCCCCCAGGCCGUAGCUUGCACUGCUGGUUUAGGCUAUACAUUUAGUGAUGGUAAACGCUAGUAGUUAAACUUUGCCAAAUGCAUAUAAUCUGACAGAAAAUGUGUUGGGUGGGUGUAGUGAAGGUGGACAUAAAAUAACCUUUUGUAACAUGUUCUAAUAUUACUCUAUUUUUGUACAAUUUACUUCUGCAAUAUACAUGAACACAUUUUCUGGAAAAUGUGUUCCCAAAGUCAUUAAAGUUGAGAUAAAUGUUACAAACCGCUACUUCACAAGAGCAGUGGAAUGACUUGAAACAAGUUGCAAUGUUAUGAAAGUCAAUUUGAUGACUAAAAAGUGUUUUUUUUUUUUCAAAAAUGUAAAAUGCGAAAGUUUAAAUUUUGUGACAUUUCAAAAUAACCCAGUAUAAUUGAGAAAAGCUGUGAUGUUCAAUGAAUUUUAAUACGAAAUAGUAAAUGUACAAAUGAACAGUGGUUAUAUUGCACAGAAGUGGUAACAUUACAAGGAUGGUAAAUUUAAAAAAUAUAUAAUGCUGACAGAUGUCAUGGUAAACUGACAAAGUAAUAUUGUAUUGCAAAACAGUAAAACAGUAUGUUUUAUACAGUACCAAUCUUGACACUACUUGGUAUGUGAUGGAUAGAUGUGUGUGUGUGUGUGUGUGUUUCCAAGUUAACACUCUGCCUCACUAAUCCUGCCAACCUUCCAUCUCCAUGCAUCAGCACAUCCAGGGGAUUUUACUGCCAUUAAGAGAUGGCUUUUUGCUCAAUUUGUGUGUGUGUGUGUGUGAGAGAGAGAGAUCUGCACACACAAAACCCGAGUGCAAAGAGUGGGUGGGUCAAAUGUAAGACUAACUGGAAAAUGGAUGUGAAGCACGGCAGUAAAGCUUGAGAAUGCACAUGAAACGGCCAACAUGGACACAUUUAUGAACAUUUGGACUGUGACUUGUUACAACACACAUGGAUGCAACCAUCUGGAAAGAUCGACAGACCUGUGUUAAUCCCGGCAUGUCCCAGAUGAGGUAGUGAUGACGGCCAUCGCUUUCACGGUCUUGUUGCUGUGCCUGCAACCUGUGGUGGUGGUGUCCCGCUGGGCAUGCGUCCGGGCGUGUCCCCAGUCCUGUUCCUGCACACAGGAGAAGAGCUGCAGUGUUCUGUGUGACCGUUCCAGUCUUGCUGAACUGCCCAAAGAGUUCCCCUGCGAAGCGUCGGCCAUCAACCUGGACAAGAACAGCCUCAAGUUCCUGUCGGAGAGGGCGUUUGGUACCCUGCCGUCUCUCAAGUUGCUCUCUCUGGACCACAACAACAUCUCUUUCAUCACACCUGGAGCCUUCAAGGGUCUGGCCAACCUGGUGGAGCUGAAAAUGGCGCACAACGAGUACAUCAGCUACCUUCACACACGCACCUUCACCGGACUGAAGAAGCUGGUGCGAUUGGACUUGUCCGACUGCAACCUCUUCAACAUCCCGGACCGUAUCUUCAUCGAGCAGACGGCGCUCAAGGAGCUGCUCUGCUUCCAGAAUAAGUUCCGUAGGAUCCCAGGUGCCAUCCGGGGAAUGGAGAACCUGACCCACAUCUACCUGGAGAGGAACAAGAUUGAGGCGGUGGCUUAUAACUCACUGCUAGGCCUGGGUAGCCUUAAGUACCUGAACCUCCAAGAGAACCGCAUCAACGUCAUCCACGACCAGGCAUUCCAGGACUUGGUUCGCCUGGAGAACUUCUACCUCAAUGACAACCUGCUCUCAGACCUGCCACGGCUGGCCUUCAAGGGUCUCAGCCACCUCAAGAUGCUCAACCUAGGAGGCAACCUUCUGACCAACGUGUCCAAGACCUGGUUCAGCGACCUGGUGGAGCUGGAGAUCCUUUACCUGGACAGGAACCAGCUGAUGUACAUCGAGGAGGGCACCUUUGAGAACCUGACCAGCCUGAUCACUCUGCACCUGAACAGUAACAACCUCACCACGCUACCGUUCCCGGUUUUCCAGCCUAUCUACUUCCUGGGCCGCCUCUACCUCUUCAAGAACCCCUGGGAAUGCGACUGCUCCCUGGAGUGGUUGAAGGAGUGGAUGGAGAACUACAAGCUAGUGAGGGACAUCCCCUGCGCUUCUCCAUCCUCCGUGGCUGGACUGGAUCUGGGCGAGGUGGUCUUCGCAAAGCUGAACGGUACUUGUGUGGACCCGGCAAAACUGAACCUGACCACGGUGUCCUCGGAGGUGGUGUCCACCACGGAGAACCGCUUCAACAGUCUCCUCUCCAAGCUGCUUCAGCAGGAGCUCCGGGAUGAGACGGGGAACGGGACGGAGGGCGCUCGCAACGGGACACUGCUGGAGCCUGAAGAUGGACAGCUGUCGGCGGGGGUCGGGGGGCAUCACGGUCAAAGAACAUGCUCUCUUGUGGCUUGGUUUAUCUUCUGGAUCAACGUGGGACUUCCUUUGACGUGAACGUGAUGGAGCUUUUCUAAUGGAAGCAGAUUGGAGGCAUCGAUGGGGACUUUAUUGCAUCAUCGUCCAUUUUAAUCACAACCCUGGCGUAAGUGUUCUUUUUCUUUUCUCAUGGAUGUUCCGAGGUUAAAGGUCAACGUUGGCAAACAGAUGUCCUCUCGUUUGCUGCUUUUUUUUUUUCCUGCGCUCGCUCUCUCUCGCUCUCUCUCUCCCUGUUAAUCUUCUUAUGGCGAUGGGGGAAGUCGUGGCAACGUGCCUCUGCCUCCUAUGGAUGCACCCAACCCCGCCACCCCUCCCACUCUAUGAAGGCGAGGGUGUGGUGUGAUUGACAUAUGCCACAUUGUGGAUUUGGAUGACUCAUUCAUUGUGACGCCCUCCCGUGUGUUGCUUCAUACUUUUUGCUGCCAUGUUGGGUGGUUGUGGGUCACGUGACUUUUUUUUUGGUGACAUUUUUCUAAAUAGCAAUAAAAUGCUAAAAAACAAACAUUAGCUUGACUGCUCUUUUUUUUUUUUUUCCCCAUCGAGGAGUAAAACUAAUCUUUAGCAAGGGAUUAUGUGGUGUCAUUUAGCAUCCACGCUGGAAUGCAGCGUUGCAGGCUUCACUACACGUGUCAUUACGGAACGUAGGCUUGAAAGAUGCUUUCUCUUUUAGAUGUGCUGUUGGUGGUGUAGUGUAGUGCUGGACAUAGUUGACUUUCAUACACGCUGGAGUUGAAAUAUUUUGAAAAAAUAAUACACAUUUUAAGGUUUCAUGCUGCAAGGAUUACUGAGAGCACAACUCACUUGGACUUAGUUGAACCUGACCGCGUUUUUUUAACUCGGCGUUUACUGCGAUGAUUUAUGCCCACUUUUGGGGACAACAUAUUGUUUUUAUUUCUCAUGUCUUAAUACUUCAUCGUAUUGACUAUUAUCCAAAAUGUAGAUUUUCUUAUAAUACAACUUUAUUUUCACAAAGCAAGUUUCCUCAUUAAAUGCAGUAUGUUUUCAAAAACAUAACAUUGUGACUAUUUGGGUAUUUUUUCCUUUAGUGCUUGUACAUUGAACUGUUUUUUUUUCUCCUCAAAAUAUUAAAAAAAAAUUUUUCUUUUAAGAUGACCGAUGUUUGAGGAAAAUUUUGUCGUUUUGAAAUUGACUUCAU